GAGAGACCCGCGCGAAGCUCUGAAAGUUUAUGCGUGUGCUGCUACUCCUUCCUCUGGCCGUGUUCCCGACCCAUGAGGGCCGGCUCUUUUUCCACCACGAGGAACGGCAGGAGUCGCGGUGGACCCAGCCCGAUGAGCUCGGCGGUGUGCUGGGCACGUGGGCGGAGGUCGUGGACGAGUCGCAGCCGUCCCGGCCCACCUUCUGGCGAAACGAGCUGCUCCGCCUUUCGCUGUGGAAGGACCCGCGGCCCACGACGAGCAUAUUCCAGGCGGCGCUCGACGGCAACUUGUUCUUCAUGCAGCUGUACGCGGAGGUGGAGGGGCGGCUGGACGUGGUCGACCCCGCGGGCCUCAGCGCGCUGCACUACGCCUGCGCGGGAGGCUCGAUGCAGGGCGCGCUCUUCCUUCUGCAGCGGCAGGCGGAGGUGGACCUGCCCGACAGGACGGGAGCGACACCGCUCGUCGUCGCGUGCAAGUACGGCUGCGCGGACGUGGUGAAAGUCUUGCUCGACGCCCGCGCGAGCCUGCAGGCGUGCUGCCACGGCGGCAACACCGCCUUGCACGAAGCGGCGGCAAUGGGGCGGCUGGACUGUUGCCAUCUACUGCUCCUGUGCGGCGCCGACGCGUCCCUCCCCAACGACACGGUGAGGCCCCCUUGGAUCUGGCGGUGAGCAACAACCACUACCAGUGCCACAUGCUGCUCAGGCACCACCAGCAGAACGGCCUCGAAGCAGAACGAAACUGCAUAGACAUCACAUCCAGAGCUCCGCCCAGACUUCUUCGAUCGGCGCUUGGGCCCCCCCGGCGGCGC